AUGGAAAUCAUUAAGAAAAUCCAAGCUUUCAUUAGCUACUGGUACCUUAGAUACCUGCUCGUGACUGAGAUGUACAUGGUGGAGCCCUGGGAGAAGGCAGUAAUUCAUGUCUUAUUUGCGACGGUCUUUGGGCUGUUCUGGUACUUCAACUACUCCUUCGUGAUGCACACCAUCGCUCAGCUGCGCAGUACACAGUCCGUUUUCGUCCAAAGGGUGUUAUAACCAAGAAGACAUCAUAACAUAGAUGUCUACCAAAAGGGGUUACUAAAGAAGACAGAUUCAUAUGGUUUGAAGAAAUUAUAAUCAUGUCAUAUCAAGUUCUAGCGGCUAUUGUAGCCAGUGUUACCUAUGGUGCAGGGCCUCGGGUUUUAAGUGGCUCGCGACGCCUCCAAAGAUCCUGCGUUCCUCCCGAAGUAAACGGGCUAUUGUUAUCCAGCAUCAUUUAUAAUUGAGUAAUUUGUUACUUUUCUCUAAUUUCGGUGGUAAUUUUUUAAUUUAAAUAUUCUAGAAUAUUAUAAUGAAGUAUUUAAUAUUCGAGUGUGGAAUGGUGAAAUAUUAUGUAUGAGCGCUAUGUUUGCACUCAGUUUUCUUAAUAGCUUGGCUUGGCGAGUCGUGACAAUUGUCGUUGGUGAAGUCGGGGCAAAACAAAGAACACGUACCUAUAGAAAAAGCGGCGCCUUGGCGACACUUCAACAAAACUUAUUAGCACACAAGAUAUUGUACACUUCAUUUCACUGGUUAACUUGACAUACGUUGAAAAUCGAGUUAUAUGGACGCCUCGCCACUGUAGCUCGGUUAAAAAGCGACUUUAAUGUAUAAUUAGUUAAUUAAUAUUAUAGAAUCAAAGGCCCAAGUCACUGAGCUUCUGUGAGGCAUUAGUUACGGCUAAUAAAGCCGGGCAGCUAACAAAAUAGAAUCGAUUACACAGUUUCAAAUUAUUGGUAUAUAAUAGCACCUAAACUUAAUAUGUCACUAAAUAAAAAAAACUCAGUUUACAAAUUUAUUAUUUAUUUUCUAAAAAGAUCGAACAACACAAAUAAAUUUCUUCGAUCUGACUAUACUCGAACCAAUGUCUGUUGCCGGUCGGGGUCACUCUUAACAAUCUGAGCUAUAGACAGAGUAAGAUCUUACGAAUUUCCCUAUAUGCCUUUAUUACAGGGGGUCACAAUUGGAUGUAGUUAAGCAAAAAGGAUCCAAUCCACAAAAUUAAAAAAAAAUUAGUUAUGUAUCAAAUGGUUCCUAAAAUCUAACCUGUUGGAUCAGCAAGAAAAUAUAACAUAUAUAAAUCUCUGCAGUUACGUGACAUUAUAAGGCGAUUAACACACUGUACCGCGCCCCGCGACGGUGCCCGGGACGCGGAAUCACGCGCGCGGUAGCGGAAACGCAGAUCUGCGUCAGCGGUCUAGCGGCCCCGCGCCACUCAAAGUAUUCGCUUCGUAGUGAUUGCACAUGUAGCUGAGAUCCUUCUUUAACAAGAAUGGUUAAUAAUACAGAACUCAUUCAGGACGCUGCAGUGUCGAUUGUUUUUGUUUACUCAAAUAAAGACACCGAAGAUAACAUUCAACUUCAUUACAAAGAUUUCAGAAAAUAUGAAGAUCAAUUUUCCAACUACACACGAAUGUCAACUGAAUCCUUUGAUUAUUUGUUAGGGAAUAUCCGAACGACAAUUACUGGAAUAGACACAAAUUGAUUAAAAAUCUGCGCGGUAGUGCGGUUCGCCGCGCCUCUCCGUCGUCGCGCGCGGUGCAGUGUGUUAAUCGCCUAAGUUUUGAAAAUAAAACAAGAGUGAGAAACACUUCUAAACUUCAAACUGCCAUAUCUCGAAAGUGACUGGCUGUGUAUUGGAUCCUUUUUGUUUAACUACGUCCAAUUACUGUCAAAUAAGUAAUACUCGACCAAAAAAAGACGCAUGAUGGCGAAUAAAGCUUCAUAAUUGACAUUAUCUUUUGAUUCGAUCGAAUAUUACUUAUUUAACAAUAAUAUAAUAACUGCCGAAGUAUUUUAAUAACCGGCAAUCUAUCUCACCACCGCUCUAUAUGUCUUUCAACCCUGACGUUGGCGAAAUCGUC